AGUACACACACACACACACACACACAAGAUGGCGGACCGCAGCAGCAGCAGUUUCUCCAUAACAAAAAGGCCGAGUUAAAACUUCUCCCGGACUUUGUUCAACUCUUUUCCCGCUCCGACCGGACACAUGAGCGGCCUUCGCCGCUUCUAACGAUUCGUUUAACGGCUGCGUUGUUUCCUCGGUGAUGUUCCCGUGAAUACGCCGCUGUCUGAAGGACUUUGUCGUUGUCUCCAAACCGGGAAGGUCUGACGUGGGUCGUCGAACAUGGCAGCAGCGUCGUACGACCAGCUGCUGAGACAGGUGGAGGUGUUAAAGAUGGAGAACUCAAAUCUGCGACAGGAGCUGCAAGACAACUCGAACCACCUGACCAAACUGGAGACCGAGGCCUCCAACAUGAAGGAAGUUCUGAAGCAGCUUCAGGGCACCAUAGAAGAAGACUCUGGAGAGGCGUCUGGUUCACAGCUAGAGCUCAUUGAGAGACUGAAGGAGAUGAGCCUGGACUCAGCUGGGUUUAAGCCCAGGUCGAGGCCUCCUCUGCCCCCCUCACCGUCCUCCAGCUCAGCCUCUUCUGGCUCUGGAGCUCCUGGAGGGGCAGCUGGAGGUUCCGUAGCUCCAGGCCCGUCGACGACCACUGCCUUCCCCAGGAGGGGGCUGCCGUCUGUGGGCAGAGAUAGCCAUGACCGUUGCCUGGAAGAGCUGGAGAAGGAGAGGUCUCUCCUAUUGGCCGAGCUCGAAAAAGAGGAAAAGGAGAAGGACUGGUACUACACUCAGCUGCAGAACCUGACCAAGAGGAUCGACAGUCUGCCGCUCACCGAGAACUUCACUCUACAGACAGACAUGAGUCGUCGUCAGUUGGAGUUUGAAGCUCGUCAGAUCCGAUCAGCGAUGGAGGAACAGCUUGGCUCGUGUCAGGAGAUGGAGAGGAGAGCUCAGGCUCGUGUGUCUCGUAUCCAGCAGAUAGAGAAAGACAUCCUGAGACUGGGAGCUCGGCUGCAGGUGGAGGAAGCUCAGGGGGCGAGUGACAGCAGUGGAUUGGCUGCAGCUCAGAGCUCCAGCAGCCGUUUGGACCACGAGCCAGCCAAUGAGGCAAGCUACUCUAUACCUCGACGAAUCACCAGCCACCUGGGAACCAAGGUGGAAAUGGUGUACAGUCUUCUAUCCAUGUUGGGAACUCACGAUAAAGACGAUAUGUCGCGGACGCUGCUCGCCAUGUCGAGCUCUCAGGACUCGUGCAUUGCCAUGCGUCAGUCCGGCUGUCUGCCUCUGCUCAUCCAGCUGCUCCAUGGCAACGACAAGGACUCGCUGUUGCUAGGUAACUCUCGCGGCAGUAAAGAGGCUCGUGCAAGGGCGUCGGCAGCAUUACACAACAUUGUUCACAGUCAGCCGGAUGAUAAGAGAGGUCGGCGUGAGAUCAGAGUGCUCCACCUCUUGGAGCAGGUGCGACAUUACUGCGAGGCGUGUUGGAGCUGGCAGGAGAACCACGAGAGAGGAGUUGACCAGGAGGACAACCCUAUGCCAUCUCCUGUGGAGCAUCAGAUCUGUCCAGCUGUUUGCGUCCUUAUGAAACUUUCCUUCGAUGAAGAACAUCGACACGCCAUGAAUGAACUUGGUGGUUUGCAGGCGGUGGCAGAGCUGCUACAGGUGGACUGCGAGAUGUUCGGUCUGAGCAGCGAUCAUUACAGUGUCACACUGCGGCGAUACGCCGGCAUGGCACUAACCAACCUCACCUUUGGAGACGUAGCCAAUAAGGCCACGCUGUGCUCCAUGAAGGGCUGCAUGAGAGCGAUGGUUGCCCAACUGAAGUCUGACAGUGAAGACCUUCAGCAGGUCAUAGCAAGCGUGUUGAGGAACUUGUCGUGGCGUGCUGACGUCAACAGUAAGAAGACUCUGCGGGAGGUGGGCAGCGUGCGAGCAUUAAUGGGCUGUGCUCUUGAGGUCCAGAAGGAGUCGACUUUGAAGUCUGUACUGAGUGCGCUCUGGAACUUGUCAGCUCACUGUACAGAAAACAAGGCGGAUAUCUGCUCAGUGGAUGGUGCUCUGGCAUUUCUGGUGGGAACAUUGACACACCGCAGCCACACGAACACCCUCGCCAUCAUCGAGAGUGGUGGCGGCAUCCUGCGCAAUGUCUCCAGCCUCAUCGCCACCAAUGAGGCACACAGGCAGAUCCUGCGUGAGCAUGGCUGCCUGCCAACUCUGCUGCAGCACCUGAAGUCUCACAGUCUGACCAUCGUGUCUAACGCCUGCGGGACUCUCUGGAAUCUGUCAGCCAGAGACGCCAAAGAUCAGGAGGCAUUAUGGGAGCUGGGCGCUGUGGGAAUGCUGCGCAACCUUAUCCAUUCCCGGCACAAAAUGAUCGCCAUGGGUAGUGCUGCUGCCCUGCGCAACCUGAUGGCUAACCGGCCGGCACGCUACAAGGACGCAAGUGUAGUGUCACCAGGCGCCGGUGCCCCGUCACUGCACGCCCGCAAACAGAAGGCAUUAUUUGAGGAGCUGGACGCCCAACAGCUGUCAGAGACUUUUGACAACAUCGACAACCUGAGCCCCAAGGCGGCACACAGGAAGGGGCGGGGCUGUAACGGUGCUGGAGGAGGAGGGAGUGGAACACGCUCGUAUGCCAACACGCCAGUACUUUCGAGCCCAAAGAAUGGAGAUGGAUCCAAGAGGACAAACGAGGAAGUGUCGUACACUCGGCCGGUGUUCCCACCGAGUGUCCGAGCGUCGAGCGACAGCCUCAACAGUGUGACGAGUGCCGACGGAUAUGGCAACCGCGGCAAGACCAAACCAUCAUCAGAGCCACUCUACUCAUCAGAUGAGAGUGGAGCCAACAAGUGCUGCGUCUACAGGAAGUACCCGGCCGACUUGGCACACAAGAUCCGCAGUGCCAACCACAUGGCGGACGACGAUGGCGCAGAGCUUGACACGCCCAUUAACUACAGUCUGAAGUACUCAGACGAACAGUUGAAUUCUGGGAGACAGAGUCCAAGUCACCGUGGUGGCAUAGAGAGUGACGAGGACGACCGACAGGAUGCCAGUCUGAGGAACGACUCGGCAACAACCAGCAGCCGGAUAACGUCUGUCCCGCCACGCUACGUUGUUGCCACGACAACAUCAAGCUACGGUGGUGACUCGACAAGUGAGCAGCCAAUUGACUACAGCCUGAAGUAUGGCACAGACUCCACCCGCAAACCCCUGUUCAAACCAGACGAGGCGGCUGCCUCCUCCGCCCCUCCUCCUCCAUCAGCCUCUACCAACAAACUCCGACCCCCUCCACCCACAGCCACUCGGACGGUGGCAAAAGGAAACCAGGAGUCCACCCAAACAUACUGUGUGGAGGAUACGCCUAUUUGCUUCUCCAGAGGCAGCUCACUCUCUUCACUGUCAUCAGAAGAGGAAGAGGAAGACGGCGAUGUCACUGAGAGGCAGAGAGGCGGAAGCGUUGUCUGCGGUGGUGGAAAUAACGACUACCCAACACUUCCUGUCAGCGAGAAAGAUGCACACGAGCAGCAGCAGAGACAGCAGAAGGAGGCGGAGAGCCAGACCGCUGCCGCCACUGCUCCCUCCACUCGUGGAAGACGAGGUCAUCACCACCAUCACGGCCACGCCCAUCACCACCAUCACCACCACCAUGUGACGACAUCUUCGGGCACCAGGACUCCCAAGAGUCCUCCGGAGCAGCCUUAUGCUCAGGAGACACCGCUGAUGUUCAGCCGCUGCACGUCCGUUAGUUCCCUUGACAGCUUCUCCACCUCGUCAAUCGCCAGCUCUGUGCGCUCAAGUGAACCGUGCAGCGGUGUGCCAAGUGGCGUGGUCAGCCCCAGUGACCUGCCUGACAGCCCAGGACAGACCAUGCCCCCGAGCCGCGCCAAGACACCACCACCGCCGCCGCAGAAAACAAAGGAGCAGGAAAAGACCAAGAAGGACGAGGAGGAGAGCAGCGUCGAUGUCCUGCUGCACUUCGCCACAGAGAGUACGCCGCAUGGCUUUUCCCGAGCUUCAAGUCUGAGCGCACUCAGUCUGGACGAGCCGUACAUCGCAGCUGAGAUGAAGAAUAAGAAAGAGGAGGAAGAGGAUGGAGGGAACGAGGAGAGGGAGCAGGAGGCGCAGAAACCGAUCCUUGACGAAUCAGAUGAUGAUGACGACAUCGAGAUCCUGGAGGCCUGCAUCAACAUGGCCAUGCCCAAGUCAUCACGGAAACCAAAGAAACCACAACAAGCUGCACCACGGAAACCCAGCCAGCUUCCUGUUUACAAGCUCCUCCCACCUCGCACCCAGUCACAGCCAAGGAAGGACAUGCCGCCGCCGCUGGUGGAGGAAGUGCCAAGGGUUUACUGUGUAGAGGGAACACCGCUCAAUUUCUCCACGGCCACCUCGCUCAGUGACCUGACCAUUGACUCCCCACCCAAUGAGGAGGCAGCUGUCAUACCUGUAGCCCCUCCCACCUCUGCCCAGAGGCGGCGGGCAGGACUUCCUGAGGGUGAGAAUGGUGACGACAUUCUUGCCGAGUGUAUCAACGCUGCCAUGCCCAAAGCCAAGCCCAGAAAACCAAUCAGAGCAGCAGUGAACAGUGAGCACCUCCAAGCCCCGCCCCUUCCCCCACCUCUUCCUCCUCCAGCCCCGCCCCCUCUCAGCUUACAGCAACCCAAGAAGAAGCCAACAUCGCCGGUGAAACCAAUGCCCCAAAGGGCGGUGUACAGUGUCGCCACGGCAACAGCUGCCAAAUCAAAACCAGGGUUUGCCUUUGACUCACCACGCCACUACACGCCCAUCGAAGGAACACCAUGCUGCUUCUCACGCAACGACUCGCUGAGCUCGCUUGACUUCGAUGAAGAUGAUGGUGCGGAGAAGGAUGAAGAAGAGAAGAAAACAAAAGAAGAAGAGGAAGGAAGGAAGAGGAAGCAGCAGACGGCCGCUGUUUUCCCUCGAACGAAACCAGCGACCAACCCGACGGCAACAGAUGAGAAGCAGAAGUUCGCCAUCGAGGACACGCCUGUCUGCUUCUCCAGAAACUCCUCCCUUAGCUCGCUGAGCGACAUUGACCAGGAAAACAACAACAAGGAGUUUGCGCCGCCGCCACCACCUGACCAGCAAGAUGGAUGCAAAGCAGGAAAAAAGUCUCCUCCUCCUCCUCCUCCACAGGUAGAGCCUAAACCCCGCCCCCCGGUGGCCAGUGGCUACGCCCCCAAAGCGUUCCACGUGGAGGACACGCCCGUCUGUUUUUCCAGGAACUCGUCGCUCAGCUCGCUGAGCAUCGACUCGGAAGAUGACCUGCUGCAGGAAUGCAUCAGCUCCGCCAUGCCCAAAAAGAAGAAGAAGGCUGCUGCCGCUGCUGCCGCCGCCGCUACAACUGCCCCUGCUGCUGUUGCCACACCACUUCCUGUUCCCAAAGCCAGCGAUGGCAUCCUGGCUGAGGAGGAACCUUUGGAGGCCCCCAGAAGCCCAGCUUCCCCCGACUCUGAGUCCUUUGAUUGGAAGGCAAUACAGGAAGGUGCCAACUCUAUCGUCAGCAGCCUGAAUGCUGCUGCUGCCGCUGCCUCAUCAUUGUCACGCCAACCGUCAUCAGACUCUGACUCAGUCCUGUCCCUUAAGUCUGUGGGCUCGCCGUUCCGCCUACCAGCAGCCAAUAACAAUGCUGAAGAAGAAGAGGCGGAGGAGAAGGAGGCAAUGGCAGUGAAGCGAGGGGCGAGGAUUCUCAAGGCCGGCGAACGGACGACAUUGGAGGCAAAGAAGGAAGAGGAGGAGGAGGCGAAGGCGCUGAGAGGUGGGAAGAAAGUGUACAGGAGUCUGAUUACAGGUAAACCGAGGGUGGAGCCAGCAGCCAGGGGGCGGAGCAAACCCAGAGCAGCAACUGUGGCCAAAGCUCCAGGAAGCAGCGAUGGUGCAGAGAGAGGAGGCGGGUCCUCUCGAGACUCUACGCCGUCUCGCUCUUCCACUGCAGCCAAUCAGAAAGGAGGGAAGCUGUCGCAGCUGCCGCGCACCGCUUCUCCAGGAAGCGCAUCAUCUUCAUCAUCGGCCUCCAGACCAGUCAAACAGAGCGUGGCACCGAGAAGCAGCGGCGGCAUUCCGAGGAGCGAGUCAGCGUCUCGGGUCAGCGGCUCCACAGCAGCCAAGAAACAGAAGGCGGAGCCAGAGAAGCCAGCGCUCGUCCGUCAGUCGACAUUUAUCAAAGAAGCUCCAAGUCCAACACUGAAGAGGAAGCUGGAAGAGUCGGCGGCUGCAGCGGCACUCGAGUCGCCGUCCAGCCCUGAUACACCGUUACCCUCAACAACCAGGAAACACGAUGUGAACCGCUCCCACUCUGAGAGCCCAUCACGGCCUCAGGAAGUGACAUCAUCGCGGUUCAGCCGCACUGGCACCUGGAAGAGGGAAAACAGCAGUGGGGGAGGAGCAGGGAGCGCUGGUAAACAUUCAACAUCGCUACCACGCGUGGGGACGUGGAAAAGAACAGGAAGCUCGUCGUCUGUGCUGUCUGCAUCAUCAGAGUCUAGCGAGAAGGGGCGGAGCGAGGAGGAGAGCGCUGUGAGGUCAAAAGGAACAUGGAGGAAGACGAAGAGCGGCGGUGGUGACUCAUCUUCAGGGCGGAGCUUCACAGACAAAUCAGAAGAUGUGUGGGUUCGUCUGGAGGACUGUCCCGUCAACAACCCACGCUCCUCCUCUUCCUGUUCAGCACGCUCUCCCACCGCUACCAACGCCCCACCCGUCAUCGACAGCCCUGCGCCCUGUAAGAUCCCCUCCUCUUCCUCCUCCUCUUCCUCCAACCUCAACUUGCGCCGGAGCUGCGAGAGCCUUGACGACAAGCCACCACCGCCUCCACCCGAACGUCAACAACAGCAGCGCAGUCAGCAGCGCAGUGGCGCUGUGGCAGCUCGAGUCAGCCCCUUCAAUUACACCCCGAGCCCCAGAAAGAGCAAUGCUGAUGUCACCGCUGUGCCAACCACCACAACAUCAUCAUCAACGACCCCUACACGACCUUCACUCAUCCCCACCCCUGUCACCAAGAAACGGGAGCCGAAGGGUGGAGAAGGUGGAGGUGGUGGCAGCGGUGGUGAACGUGGCUCCUACAUCGUGACAUCAGUGUAAAAAGAGUGUGUAAAUACAGAGAGAGAAAUGUGUUUGUGAACUCAACUGUACAGGAAGUGAGUCUGUAUUUAAGUGCUAAGCCCCACCCCUCUCCUCUUCCCUCAUUGCCCCCUUUACCUGUCAGUCAAGCUUCUUUAUUGGAUGAGAUUAAAAAUGAACUUUUUAUGUUUUUAUACCACUAAAAUUAUGUGUAGCGCUUAGCUUUGCCCCCUCUGCCUGUUGCCUGUCUCUGCAUGGUCCCGCCUCCUACUUUAACAAUGCCAGUUACUAUGGUAACGACUAUGACAACAAUGAUGAUGAUGUUUCUGCUAGCUGUAGCGUUUGAGCUGAUUCUGCUCUUUAAAGUUUUCAUGUUGUUUUGAGGGAGUUUGGAUCUGAAGUCUGGUUCUGGUCUGGUUCCGUCCAGUUCUAGUCUGGUUCAGAACCGCUCCAUAAUCUGAAUUUAAUCCGGAGCAAGACGUUUGCUGCCGACUGAAGCUGAAAACUUUAUUCUGAAAAUCAUGGGUUGGUGAACUUCCUGUCAGCUGUAAACGUGGCGCUCUGUCGCCUUGGAAACAGAUAACACUGUAAAACGUAAGUUAUUGCUGUAAAACUUCAAACUUUUUAACUUUGAAGCACAUAAUUUAAAAUGAUUGAUGGCUGUAACCUGAUUUUCACUGUUUUUAUGUUGAAGCUGGAACGUCAAAGGAACGUUAAAUGAAGAAUAAAAUUCAACAUUUUACUGCAAA